UUUUAUUGUGUCUGUUUUGCAGUAUUAUUUUACAGUUAGCUUCAACCAUGAGAAUCAGAAGGCUCUGGAGCUUCGUACAGAAGAUGUUAAGGACUGCGAUGAAUGGGUGGCAGCAAUAUCACAUGCCAGCUACAGAAACCUGGCCACCGAGCAUGAAACGCUCAUGCAGAAGUACCUCCAUCUACUCCAAAUCGUGGAGACCGAGAAAACAGUUGCUAAGCAACUUCGACAACAGAUAGAAGAUGGGGAGAUUGAGAUUGAACGUCUAAAAUCAGAGAUCGCGGCCAUGCUCAAAGACAAUGAGAAGAUUCAGUCGAAUCCCACCACUGCACCUAGUGAUGAUGAUUCAGAAAUCAAGAAAAUCAAGAAAGUGCAAAGCUUUCUGAGGGGCUGGAUGUGUCGGCGAAAGUGGAAGACCAUCAUUCAAGACUACAUCCGUUCGCCACAUGCAGAGAGCAUGAGGAAGAGGAACCAAGUCGUCUUUAGCAUGCUGGAAGCAGAGGCUGAAUACGUCCAACAGCUCCACAUCCUUGUCAACAACUUCUUGAGACCGCUUCGCAUGGCUGCCAGCUCGAAGAAACCGCCCAUAACUCAUGAUGAUGUCAGCAGCAUAUUCCUCAACAGCGAAACCAUAAUGUUUCUGCAUCAGAUAUUCUACCAAGGGUUGAAAGCUCGAAUAGCAAGCUGGCCAACAUUAGUCUUGGCCGACCUAUUUGACAUCCUGCUGCCCAUGCUGAACAUCUACCAGGAGUUUGUACGUAACCACCAGUACAGUUUGCAGAUCUUGGCCCACUGCAAGCAGAACCGCGACUUCGACAAGCUGCUUAAACAAUAUGAAGCCAAACCUGACUGUGAGGAGCGCACACUGGAGACGUUCCUCACAUACCCCAUGUUCCAGAUUCCUCGUUACAUACUGACCCUCCAUGAGCUGUUAGCACAUACACCGCAUGAGCAUGUGGAGAGAAACAGCUUGGAUUAUGCCAAGUCAAAGCUGGAGGAGCUUUCCAGGAUCAUGCACGAUGAAGUUAGCGAGACGGAGAACAUUCGGAAGAACCUCGCUAUCGAGCGUAUGAUCGUGGAGGGCUGUGAAAUUCUCCUAGACACCAGCCAGACCUUUGUCAGACAAGGAUCUCUGAUACAAGUGCCCAUGAGUGAGAAGGGCAAGAUCACCCGUGGCCGACUGGGCUCUCUGUCUCUGAAGAAGGAGGGAGAGAGGCAGUGUUUCCUCUUCUCCAAACAUCUGAUCAUCUGCACUAGGGGCUCUGGAGGAAAACUACACCUCACCAAGAAUGGAGUGGUGUCUCUCAUUGACUGCACACUGAUAGAGGAACCAGAGGGCACAGAUGACGAGUCCAAGUCAGACAAGAGCGGUCAGGACAUGGAGCACCUGGAUUUUAAGAUUGUGGUAGAGCCCAAAGACAGCCAGUCCUUCACCAUCAUCCUGGUGGCCUCCUCACGGCAAGAGAAGUCAGCCUGGACCAGUGACAUCAGCCAGUGCAUAGAUAACAUUCGUUGUAAUGGGCUGAUGAUGAACGCCUUCGAGGAGAACUCCAAAGUCACUGUGCCCCAGAUGAUCAAGUCUGAUGCCAGUUUGUACUGUGAUGACGUGGAUAUCCGCUUCAGUAAGAUGAUGAACUCCUGCAAGGUGUUGCAGAUCCGCUACGCCAGCGUGGAACGCCUGCUGGAGAGGUUGACUGACCUGCGAUUCCUCUCCAUCGACUUCCUCAACACCUUCCUGCACUCCUACCGCGUGUUCACCAGCGCUGACGUGGUGCUCGACAAACUCAUCACCAUCUACAAGAGGCCUAUCAGUGCCAUACCAGCCCGAUCCCUGGAGCUGUUUUUCGCGAGCAGCCAGAACAACAAGCUCCUCUAUGGAGAGCCACCAAAGUCGCCCCGUGCCAGCCGCAAGUUCUCCUCCCCACCCCCACUGGCCAUCACCAAGACCUCGUCCCCCAACCGCCGCCGCAAACUGUCCCUCAACAUCCCCAUCAUCACCGGUGGGAAGGCUCUGGACCUGGCUGCCCUUAGCUGUUCCUCCAAUGGCUAUGCAAGCAUGUACUCCUCCAUGUCCCCUUUCAGCAAGACCACGCUGGACAUCAACAAGCUCUAUGUGUCCAGCCCUAUCACCAGCAAGAUUCCUGAUGAUGGUGAAGGCAAGACGGACAAGGCUGAUGAAGUUUCGCUGUGCAAACAGGACAUUUCAGUGAGGGAGGAAAGCGACAACGACCAGAUCCAGAGUGACGAGGCAGAGGCUGAAGUGUCGCCCACCAAAUCACCCACCACUCCCAAAAACGUCAAAUGCAAAAACUCCUCAGAAUUCUCUCUGUUCUCAUACAAUAAUGGCAUGGUGAUGUCGUCCUGUCGGGAGCUGGAUAACAACCGUAGCGCCUUGUCUGCCGCUUCUGCCUUCGCCAUUGCUACUGCUGGUGCCAACGAGGGCACGCCGACCAAGGAGAAGUACCGCCGCAUGUCUCUGGCAAGCACAGGGUUCCCCACAGAUCAGAGGAACGGAGAUAAGGAGUUUGUGAUUCGCCGAGCAGCAACUAACAGAGUUCUCAAUGUCCUCAGGCACUGGGUGUCCAAACACGCGCAGGACUUUGAAACCAACACUGAGCUCAAAAUGAAAGUGAUUAGUUUCCUGGAGGAAGUGAUGCAUGACCCUGAACUUCUGACCCAAGAAAGGAAAGCCGCUGCCAACAUCAUAAGGACACUGACACAGGAGGAUCCUGGUGACAAUCAGAUCUGUCUGGAGGAGGUGCUGCAGAUGGCUGAAUGCCCAAAGACUGAGUGUUUUGAAUCUCUGUCAGCGAUGGAGCUAGCUGAACAAAUCACUCUUCUCGAUCACAUCGUCUUCAGGAGCAUUCCCUACGAGGAGUUCCUGGGCCAAGGAUGGAUGAAGACAGACAAGACGGAGAGAACUCCAUACAUCAUGAAGACAAGUCAGCACUUCAAUGAUAUGAGUAAUCUCGUGGCCUCUCAGAUCAUGAGCCACACAGAUGUGGGCUCUAGAGCCAGCUCUAUUGAAAAAUGGGUAGCAGUGGCUGAUAUUUGCCGCUGUCUCAACAAUUACAACGGUGUCUUGGAGAUCACGUCUGCUCUGAACCGGAGCGCCAUCUACAGGCUAAAGAAGACUUGGGCGAAAGUGUGCAAACAGACUAAAGCCCUAAUGGACAAACUUCAAAAGACCGUGUCAUCGGAGGGAAGGUUUAAAAACCUAAGGGAAACUCUAAAAAACUGUAAUCCACCUUGUGUUCCAUAUCUGGGUAUGUAUUUGACAGACCUCGCAUUUAUCGAAGAGGGAACACCAAACUUCACAGAAGAAGGGCUGGUUAACUUCUCAAAGAUGAGAAUGAUAUCUCAUAUAAUACGAGAGAUCCGACAGUUCCAGCAAACUCCGUACAGAAUUGAGCACCAACCAAAGGUUAGACAAAUAAUUCAUAUUCAGAUCAAGUUCUGACACCUCCAUGCAUCAGUGCUGCUUCAAUAAUAU